UGUCCACACGUGACGUAAAAACCGGAAGUCUUUGCCUGACUGCUGUUGUUGACACGGAGAAGUGCAAUGACAACAAGCAUUGAAUGGAUCAUUUUUAAUGUUAAACGCGUGAAAACGUGCGAUCUUUCUCUGACCACACCCUUGUUUUAAACGAAGUAUUUCCCGUCUUUUGUCGUCUAUCUGCUCAGCCUCCUCACUGUUCUUUACGACGCAUCUUAGCGCUGGGGGCUAAUUUUUAAUGGAGGAAGUUAGCUGCUCAGUAAGCCAUGAUCUGUUAGACUGGUCUCGGAUAAUAGUUUAAACCAAACCCACCGCGCUGUUAUUUAUAGCUUUUUAAUCUGAAAUUUUAACGACGCUUCCAAGGUAAAUAUCACACUAGUGAGUGCGUUUGUCAAGUGGUUGUUACUGGUUACCUGAGCCGAUGAUCUUCCCACUCACGCAGAUGUCAGUGGAACUGGACGUGUUCGUGGGUAACACCACCAUCAUGGACGAGGAGGUUUACCAGCUCUGGUUGGAUGGAUACACAGUAAAUGAUGCAGUGAAGGUCAGAAUGGAGGGAGGAGUUCUGGAGGAGUGUGAAGCCAGUGCAGACGUCUUGCUGAGUGACACCAUGGACCAGUACAGAACUUUCCAGAUGUGUGAACGUCUGCUGCACAGUCCAGCCAAACUGGCCAAUCAGCUCCUGUUUCAGAUCCCACCUCAUCGACAGGUCGUGCUCAUAGAGAGAUAUUAUACUUUUGAUGAUGCUUUUGUCCGCGAGGUCCUGGGAAAAAAACUUUCUAAAGGAACCAAAAAAGACUUGGAUGACGUUAGUGCCAAGACCAAUGUGACACUUAAAAGCUGCAGACGACAGUUUGACAACUUCAAGCGAGUUUUCAAGGUUGUGGAAGAACUCAAGGGCCCCCUGGUGGAGAACAUACGUCAGCAUUUUCUUCUUUCUGACAAGCUAGCUCGGGAUUAUGCCGCUAUCGUUUUCUUUGCCAACAAUCGCUUCGAGACGGGGAAAAGAAAACUACAGUAUCUCACAUUCCAAGACUUUGCCUUCUGUGCUGGGCAACUUAUCAACAACUGGACUGUUGGGGCGGUUGAUAACAUGGUAGAAGACAUGGACGUCGAUCUAGACAAAGAGUUUUUGCAAGAGCUGAAGGAACUGAAGAUUUUAAUCACAGACAAAGAUCUGCUGGAUCAACACAAAAGUCUGGUCUGUACAGCUCUUAGAGGAAAGACUAAAGCCUUUAAUGAGAUGGAGGCUAAUUUUAAGAAUCUUUCCAGAGGCCUUGUCAACAUUGCUGCUAAGUUAACCAACACAAAAGACGUCAGAGAUUUCUUCAUUGAUUUGGUGGAGAAGUUUAUUGAGCCGUGUCGUUCAGACCGAUGGACGACUGCGGAUAUGAGACUCUACCUUACUCACUACACAAACUCGGCGCACAUACUUGACACAUUCAAACACCAGGUUGUGUGGGACAGAUACAUGGGUGUCGUCAAAAGCUGCAUCUUCAAAAUGUAUCACGACUGAAGCACAUUCACAUCCACUGGCCUCCUACUCACUCCUGGCCCGUGUCUCCCCCCUGCUGUAGCCUUCAUCUAGGCCCUCCACUUUAUGAACCCUCUGAGGUUUUUUUUUAGUGCUCCAUUAUCGCUUUAGCCUCAGUUUGCUCCCCGACUGUCCCGCCAAGGUUCUGCAAAUUUGGUUUGUAAAUAAAAUGCGAGCAUUUACAUCAAA